UCGCGAGUCUGCGCGUGGAGGAGUUAGGUGUUCGCGUUUUUCGUGAAAAAGCCUAGCCGACGGCGCCACCUUCCGCAAACUACCCAGUCCCCCACACGUACACCUAGUGACUGCGCGCGAGAGAGAGAGAGAGAGAGAGAGAGAGAGAAAGACUACGUAUAUAUUCGCGAUACUCGAUAGUAUAGUCGCGCGACGAUGAGGUGCUAGCUGCACACCCGUCGUCCAGUGAUCCCUUCCUUUUUUUUAUUACAUCGCCUCUAGCAAAGUCGCUCUAACGAGUAAUUCGACUCGCGAUCGCAGCUCUAUAACUGUUGCCGAGUAUAAGACUAGUGUCGGUGUGUCGCUUUUUCACGCAGCAGUGCGUCACGGAGCAACGCCGGAGCAGGAGCCAUGGAGGACGAUCUGCCGACCGAGUACGAUGUCAUCGUCGUCGGGACAGGAAUGACCGAGUCUAUUGUUGCUGCGGCAGCAAGUAGAAUCGGCAAGAGAGUUCUACACUUGGACAGCAAUGAGUACUAUGGAGGACUCUGGGCAACCUUCAAUUUCGAUGGGUUGCAAAAAUGGAUGGAAGACCUUAAGACGAGUAAGAACGACACUAGAGACUUCAAGCCAGACUUGGAGGAUGGUGAAAAGUUCUUGAAGGCGAGCAAUCAGUAUUCGACCGUUGAGAAUAUUGUUGAAGAGUGGUUCGUUUCCCAUGACGCAGACUUGCCUGCAGUUUCUACAAAAGAUACCCAAACUGAAGGCACAAGCGAUACCAGUGCUGAAGGGACUGAAAAAACCGAUGAGGAUAAAACUGACAAAAAGGAAACGAAACACUGGAGUAUAGAUCGUAUCAAGAAGGAAUACAGAAGAUUCAACAUUGAUUUGGCACCAAAACUGCUUUAUGCUCGAGGUGAACUAGUGGAGCUCUUGAUUUCGAGCAACAUUGCUCGUUAUGCAGAGUUCCGAGCAGUAUCUAGAGUUGCAACAUGCAUGGAUGGCAAACUUGUUCAAGUUCCUUGCUCUAGAGCUGACGUUUUCGCCAACAAAACUGUGGGUGUUAUUGAGAAGAGAAUGCUCAUGCAGUUACUCACAUCUUGUUUAGAACAAGGAGCUGACAGUCCAGAGUUUGAUGGAUACCGUGAUAAGACCUUUGUGGAAUAUUUGAACACCAAAAAUUUAACACCAAUUGUUAAACACUAUGUGAUGCAAGCUAUAGCCAUGGCUACCGAUAAAACGUCUUGUAGAGACGGCGUUAAUCGUACAAAGCAUUUCCUUAACAGUCUUGGCCGUUACGGAAACACACCUUUCUUGUGGCCUAUGUAUGGUAGCGGAGAAUUACCGCAAUGUUUCUGCAGAUUAUGCGCUGUUUUUGGUGGAGUAUAUUGCUUGAAACGUCAUCUGGAUGGCGUCGUGGUUAAUGGUGAAAAAUGUAAAGCUAUUUUGACUGGAAAACAAAGGCUAUCUCUUGAACAUCUUGUUGUUGGGCAAGGUCACCUGCCUCCAGAAAUCGUUGCUUCGACUGGUGAAAACCAAAUAUCUCGUGGUAUUUUUAUUACUGAUAGAUCAAUCAUGCAGGGAGAAAAAGAAAAUUUGACACUUUUAUACUAUCCACCAGAAGAAGCGGGUCAAGAAGCUGUAACGAUUAUUGAACUAGGACCGCUUACGAACGCUUGUCCACAAGGACUUUUUAUGGUUCACAUGACAUGUAAACGUACGAAAACAGCUCAAGAAGAUCUGGCCUAUGUUGUCAAGAGAUUCUUACGCGCUAAGACUCUGGAAAGUAACGUUUCCCGUACUCCGACGGAUUCCCAUACACAGACUGUUGCUCCCGAUCAGCAGCAAGCUCAAGAGGGUAGUCGAGGAGAUAAAGAUGUAACUGCCGAAAACCCGAUGCCUCAAGUAUUAUGGUCCUUGUACCUUAAUUUACCAGCCAGUGAUAUUAAACUUAAUGAAUCUGCUCCAAGCAAUAUUCAUCUUUGUUCUGGUCCUGAUCUAGAUUUAGAUUUUGAUUUUGCUGUCAACCAGGCAAAAGAAAUUUUCAAAGCUAUGUACCCGAGCGAGGACUUUUUGCCACGAGCUCCCGAUCCAGAGGAAAUCGUCUUGGAAGGAGAAGAAGCACCAGGACCGAAAUUCGAAGGAGACAAUACAUCGGGUGAAAACGAAAAACAAGACGACGAAAAAGCAGAAAAGGAAGGAUAAAAUACGCAUGAAUUGUGUACUUGCUUAAUCUCAAUGAUCGCGAUGUCUUAAAGAAUUUUAGCUUUGAGAAUCAUUGAAAUAAGUCAAUCAAUUCCAUUUUAUUGUGAUUUUCUUUUGACUACUUUUAAUUUUUGCGCAAACUUUGGAUGAUUAUGAGAUUAAGGAAUAGCACUGUAAGAAAUGUUUAUUGCUAUAUAUGAUCUAAGAAAGGCCUGCAUUUCAGUAUCUUCUAACAUAGAUAUUAUCAAUCACUUAAUAUUACGCGCAUUACAAAUGUGAGCCUCGAACGCAGAAACGCAGCGAAUUGGAAUCAUUCUACAGUUCAUAUCUUUGAAUAUGUUUUUUUCUUACUUGCACUUACAAAAAUGGAUUCUACACGAAUUUGUAGUGCUAUCAUUGUAAUCAUGUGCUUUUUCACAUUAUUUCGCCGAAGAAAAUAUUUUCAAUUGUAAGCUAUUUGUCGUAAAUCUAAACUAAUAAUCUCAUCUUGUAUUCUUCGUCUUAUACAAAUAGCUUGCUACUAUCCUACUACUAAGAACGACAAAUGUAUAUCUUUAUCAUUACAAAGAGUGAUCAGCGACUGUGCUAUAAGCAUCCUUACAAUAAGUCUUUUGGCUGACGACUGUUCGUACAUUUUUGUCAACAAUUAUUAAAAGAAUGCUCGCUUUUUGGGUAUAUGUAUAAUUUAUACAUUAACAAUCCCAUUGAUUUUAUUUGUACCCUGUGCACUUUGUCAAGUCUGCACAAUAUUGUAACAAUCAAAAGCAGUUUGCUUUUCCCUGAUUGGAAAAUCUUGUUCGAGAUUUCAUGAAAUAACUAUACUGAAAAAGAACAAAGGCUGAUAAACUAUAACUUGUAAAUCCUUAAAAAGUUUGCAUUUUCACAAAACAUUUAAUAAUAAAAAUUCUAUCGAAUUGUCUAUAUUUUCUGAUCAGGGCAACGACAACGCUUAUGACGUUGUGAUUGCUGCAAAAACUUUUUAAGGCUGUGAGAAAGUAGACUUUCUUAAAUUCAUCACUCUUAUGUAAUAAGAUCGAUGAACCGAAACGCCACGUUAAACUAAUUUUCAGCAAGACACUGAUCACUCAACUCUCUACUUUUGAUUUAAGAAAAUUCCAAAGAUAUUCAGAGUACACGAAUCGUCGUGAGAAAUAAAAUGCUUCUGUAAUUCACGAUGAAUAAUAGCAAAAUUCAUUUAGUGACUUCAAUAAAGCAUUUUCCUAUUUCGUUGGUCUGAGACGUACUUUAAUUUGCUGUGAUUUUUUUUUUUAAUACAAAAUACAAAUAUGCAAUUUGCUUAAAUGA